GCCAUACUGGGGUUCUGGCGGCUUGUAGUGCAAUGCAGGUUGACUACAAACAGCUUGAGGUAUGGCUCCACGGGAAGCUGAAACCCCUGUGUGUUGCUGAUCCAAUUCCACUUUCUCAGUAUGUAAUAGCCCUGAUAAAAAAGGACAAAGGCGAGCAGGAACUAAGAGAAAUAUGUAUUGACCAGUUGGAAGUAUUCUUGCAAGAAAAUACAGCAAAGUUCGUGGAGGAUUUAUUUGCUGUACUUAAAUCAAGAACAUAUAUUACGUGUGAAACAUUAAAACAAACUCAGUCUUCGGACAACUCUUACCCAAAGGAUUCUUCUGGAAAAAACCCUUGUGGAAAUACUUUUGAUAAUGUACCAAAAGACAGGAAAAGACAUUUGACAAACAAUAACACUAACGUUCCAAAUGCCACGGACACUUGUGCUCCCAAGCAGAAACGAAAACGCUCACCGGAGAAUAAAGCAAAAAGAAUUUCGUCAGAUAGUCGUUCACGCAGUCCCCAUUCCCCAGGAAAACCAAUAAAUAAUGCAAGUACAACUAGUAAGCAACAUGGGAAAGAACUUGAAACACAUGUAGAUUCCUGCAGUCGUGGACGUCAUAAUAACCACUCAGAAGAACCCAGCUUAAAAACAGUGGAUGGUCAUAUCAGACGCAAUUCAUCAGGUAGUUCAAAUGAAGAAGUAACCCAUUCAAAUACAAUUUCAUCGCGUCGAAAUAAGUAUCAUGAUUCAGAAUCACAUAAGUAUAAUAGUCGUGAACGUAUCCACUCACGGCACAAAGAUGAGCAUAGCAAUCGUUCGUGUAAAUCUUUUGCGAAGUCUGUCACCGAUUACAGAGUAGUUGAUGAAAAGUGUCGGGCUGUAAGGAACCGUCGCUGUCGUGAUUUUGAAGAGCGUGGUUUUUGUGUAUAUGGAGACAGAUGUCAGUAUGACCACGGCCCGAAUGCUUUGGUAAUUUCGUCUGCUAAAUCUGCUGUGUCCGCCAUCGCUCAUCUCACAAACCCUCUGUUAGAUACUAAUCCACUCUCAAAUAGUACUGGGGAUUUACCAAUGAAUAUUGGAAAAGAGGCAUCAAAAUCUAGUACACUUCAGCCUCAAUCUUUUGUAGCAGCUGUUUUAUCUGGACCAACUGAACUUAACGAUUUAAAUCAACAUAUUGGUACUCCUCUUAUUCCUGUUUAUCACCCGACUCCAAUUAAUCAUCCAGAUAAUCAAAUGUUAAUGACCUGUUGCAUUGAUCAGUCAUCGGAUACUGGAUUACUUCCUCAGGUUCCUAACCCUUCUGUUUUGUAUAGUAAAUCCAAUUGGAAGCAUCCCCGUUUUCAGAAUAACAUGCAACAACGUUCUAAUAAUUUUCGCGUAUUUAACAAUGUCAACACUAUUAGUCGAAAUAUAGUUCCUUUGCCAAUGAUUCAAAAUACUAACAAUAAAGAUCAAACCGAAAUUAAUCCAGCUCCACCUGCUUAUGAACCAGAUCGACCACAUUUGUCCAUGAUUUCGACGUCCGAGUCUAAUAUUCUACAGUCUUGCGAUACUUCAGAUGUAGAACAUAAUGCCUCUACCCCACCAUUAUCAUAUAAACCCAGUCCUAUCACUGAACAAAUCAGUUCAUAUGCUGUAGUCCCAAAAACAUCAGGAGUCACAGACCUUUCUUUGGAUAUCACUUCUCGAACUGUUGAUCCUCGUACUACUCUGUAUAUCGAUCGUCUUCCUUGGAAACUUAAUGAUGCGGAUAAAAUUCGUGAGCAUUUUGCUCAAUUUGGUCAUGUAAUAAACGUCAUUGCUAGAUACAAGGGCAUGGUAGGGUCCGCAGUGGUUGAGUUUUCUUCAUCAGAUGAAGCUGAGAAAGCCUAUCGAAGCCCCAUUCCUAUGUUUUCAAAUAGAUUUAUUCGAAUUUACACUCGUUUUCCAGAAAACUUCAAACACAAUGCUCGAAGUAUGACUAGUCGUUUCCCUCGUCCCAAGAGUAUACUGGAUCGUUUAGGAACACGACCUGUUCCUGGAAAUAACAAGAUUAAUUCAUAUUCAUGGAUGAGUACGACUAAUGACUGUAUAGAAAAUCAACACGUUCCUGGCAGCAUUCUUCCUGAUGAUACCACCCAAAGGGGUAAUAGAUCUCGUUGGCGUUUAGAACGUAAUCCAACCAGUGGAGAUGCCUUAUUAUCUGGUGAUGAAGAAGACGAUUUAAUCGACGAAAAUCCGACCAUAGAUAGUCAUGAACGAAAUUCUGCCACUUUCAUCAAAGAACGUAGUAAAGCUUCUAAUCAAAGAAUUGAUAAAGUAGUAGAUAAUUAUGUUGAUCUUAAUGCCGAUCAAGAGUCAUUAUUAUUUACUCAUAAUCCUGAUACAGCAAGGCAAUUCAAUAAUAGUAAUAAUAUAACUGUUACGUCAAGUCCUUAUACUUUGUCACAUAAACAAGAGGCUGAGGCAAUUCUUUGGGAGCGUCGUAAAAUGGCUGCAUUGAGACAACGUAAAGAACAACUUAUGCUUUUAGAUAAGUCUCGUGAAGCCCGAGAAUCAGUGAUUGAGGCUCGAAAACAACGAAUUAAUAAACUGAAGUUGCUUCUUGAAAGAGUGAUGAGUCAGUUGGAAAAUAAUCGUACUAGCGAAACAGACAAUUGUACAGAUUCGAAACCACUGACAUUGGAUGAAAGACGUAAAUUACUUACUGAAGCCAAACGGCUACAAACUGAACUUGAAUCGACUUUGGAAGCUGAGAAGAAAGAUUUGGAUAUCCGAAGUUUAAACCGAGAAUCAAACAGCAAAAAAAUGUUCAUUUCAAAACCAUUAGGAAGCACAACAAUUAGUGCGGCCGCAUUACAAGCUUUACCGAGUCCAAUUCGAUUAGAAAGACAAAAACAAAUUUCUGAAGUAUGUUUACAUAAUUUAAAUUCGUUCAUGCAGUUGUUUUUUUAAAUAAUUCCAAUGAUAAUGAUAAACUUUGUCCAUUUUUAUAAAUUACUUUUCUUACCAACUUAACAAAUAAUUAACAAUUGCGAUUACCAUAAAAAGUCAUCAAUGUACGUCUGAGUAUUUCCUUAGUGUUUUAGUUAUUAUUUAUCAUAUAUUAAUUCAUCGCUGCUUAUAUUUUACAUAUUAGAUUCAAAUCGAAAUCGAUAAAUUGGAAGCAAACCUACGUGAUGCAAAUCAAGAUGAGGUUAAAUUAAAAGAAGGUCGUCGAAGGAUCGUAGAACUUAAACGCCAGGUAGGGUCUCUUUGCCUCAUUUGUAAAAUCGAUGGACUCGUUGAUUCCCCUUUACUUAUAGACUAGUAUUUCUUCGUAUUCUUCUUGGUUUCUAGAUUUACACAUAUCGGUUUUCGUUUAGGUUAAUUUCAGUGUAUAAUGAAUUGUACCAGUUGUAGACUAUAGCUCACAUUUUAAAUCAGUUGUUAAUAGAAAUAGUUACAUAUACCCAAUGAUAAACUUGAAUAUACUAUUAACUUAUAUUUCCGUAAACAGAUUUAUCUCUCUUCCCAAAAUAGAACCUAGUUUAACAUUGUGUCACUUCCGAAGACCAUUCGACUGAGUCCCUUAAAUAGUUUCUUAGUGUUUUUUAGAACCGUAUAUAGAUCACUGUACAGUCACACAAACAUUAUUACAUUCGUAGCUUAAUCGUAGGCUAUAAUUCCGCACAUACUAAUAAGUUCACUGACUUUGUGGAUUCCAUCCCAUCUUGUGCAGAUAGACUUCAAAAUCAUACGAUCUUAUUAACGGAAGGUUAACCUGACUCCUUCAUUCAACCGUAUUUAUUGAUAUAAAUUUUAGUUGAAUAUGAGUACACAAAGUACAUAUCUUUUUAUUGAUCACAGUAAUUAUCAGGUCCUACGCUACCCAACCAACAAGCUGAAGAACGUUCUUGCCAUAAUCGCUAACACUAUAAUCAGUUUAUUUUUUAGUACCAAACAAUAUGGUUGUUUGUCCAUAUGAAUUGAUGUUUGAAUUUUGUUAGCUAAAUGUAAUUCUAUAGUUACACUAAUUUCUUCGUUUUCACCUGGUAUUUUCAAACGGCUUUUUGUUUAUUAGCUUGUCGACUUGGAGACAGUCCGACCAUCAGAUAUGUUUUUGUCUCAAAACACAAGCGGUUGUGCUCCCGGCGACAAUUCCACGUACCCAAACAGAACUCAAACCAAACUUGAUAAGCGACCUCGAACGUUGUAUAUUACUGGCAUCGAACCAGAUGAUGUAGAAAACUUUCAAAAUGCCCUCUCAGUAUGUAUUUUGCUCUUAAAAAAUCUGUUUUCAUACCAAAAACAGUUUUUAAUAGCAUAUAUUAUUAUUACUAUGCUAAUAUAAUCACCUGUCUGGAAUGCGUCAUACUCUACUGUUGAAUAAAACAAAUAUUAAAUAGAACUACUAUGAUGUCGAAAUUUCCCGUAUUCAUGCACUGUAAGAUCAAUGUAACUUGCUUGCAUAUCACUUCUCGGAUGACAUCUCUAUUCACACAGAUGUAAUAACUAUAUAUUUAUGUUCGAAUAUAAAUUAGUCAGCAGUCUCUGAACCUAGUAUUCCUUCAUCGCAUUUAUGGCCUUGAUGUAAUAUUUGUGUCAUCAGUUUUUCUUUGUUCGCAUUUACAGCUCAUGGUGUUGGUCUGUAAGUAGUUAUUUAAGCUGGAAGUUAUCGAGUUCAUGAUUCAAGAAGUGAGUUUGUGGCGCUUUUCUUCUUCUACUAUUCACUAUCUGCCUCUCAACACGUUAGUAUUCUCGCUAGAGUAUUUUUGACAAAUAUAUAACAACUAAUAUAAACCAGAAUGCUUUAUUACUAUUUAUGUAUAAACAGUUACGCAUAUACCAGUGCACAUGUUCAAAAAUGUGGAAAUUGUGUGUUACUCUUGAAAUUCCCAACGACAUUCCAAUUGAUUCCACCAACGCAGGUACCUAGUUUCAAAGUGUGGCACAUGUUACACGUAGACUGUCCUAAAAAAUCAGUUGACUAAAUUCAAGAACUGUAGUGCUAUCAAAACUUUAUUUUCACUUUUUGAAUUUUUAAAUUCCGAUCGGUUUUGACUUUUCCCGAAUUUCUCAUUAUACUUCAAGCUAAAUUACCUACAUACACAAUCUUGUACAAAACAAACUAACCCUGAAACUAAUCAGUUAGUACUGGAAGUUACGUUUUGCACUCGUGAUUUCGCCGAGGCAGCUAUUCGUCUGUUUACCCAGUUUCAUGGACGUGACUUACAAAUGAGUUUUGUGUAUCCAGCACUGUCCGAAACCAAAUCUGGAAAUUUUACUGAUAAUGAUGUAAAAAAUGUAAGUUCGGUUUUAGAUUGUACUUUCUUCAUUUAUAAUCAUUUAAUCACAAAUUGUGUAGAUUCUUCAAAAAUGUUUUUGCUUAUUUGUGUAUUUUGACUUGCCCUUAUCUCGAUUCUGCGUCAUUUAAUUCAUAACAGUUUAACGUAUAUCUCUAUUAUUUUUAACAACUAUUAGGAAGACGAUUUGGGAGGUUCCAUCUAGAAAGUUAAGUAGGUAAUAUUUUGUCACGUUUAGUAUUUCGUGACGUUUGUCAUUCCAUUAUCAUUAUAAUGGUCAUUUAAUCUAUAUAUCCCAUAUUAUUAUGAAAAAUGCUUGUAGAGUAUGGAAUUUCAGUUAUUUCUUAGUUGUGUGUAAAUCAAACCAUUUUCUUCAGUCAAAUUCCGUUUAUAUCUUUUUAUUUUUACAACUUCAAAGGUGAUUUCGUUGUUUAUCCUCGAUAAUUAAAUAUAUUUUAAAAUAAGUGUCCUUCAGAGUGUUUUGUAAUAGGGUCUUAAGGUUGUCAUAGUAUUUUUCGUGGUAUGGUGUGUUUUAAUUUGAACAUUUCAUUUAACAAAUCGACCGAUUCGCACUACUAACCUAUGUUCCUCAUUAUUAGGUUUCGUCCAUACAAACUGAAACUUCUGAUCAAUUACAAGCUAUCACAUCUUCAGAGUCUUUGGAUUAUUCUGCUCAUUCCAGCCCUACAUCUACUACUGCUCUGAAUACCAUGUCCUUAUGAUUGAUAUCCAGUUCCCUAUCAGAAUAUCGCUAGUGAUUUGUGUAGAAAGAAAUAACGUUCCUCAUGCGAUAUCUUCCGUCAAUAACGUUUUCCUUGAGAAAAAUAUAUUUUAUUUAAAGCUUUUCUACUUCAAAAGUUUUUUCACUGUUUGGCUAUGUACACACUGUUUCUUAGUAAUGAGUUGAGUAUCAACUGACCUUGAUUUUUAUGAAAGUGAUAUAGUAGAUUCUAUCAAUAAACCCCACUAUUCUC